UAUAUACGUGUUGAACAAGCUAGAAACAUGCACCUUAACUUUUUACAUAUAUAAAGUACACACAUACACUCAAAUUGCUACUACGAACAAAAAUCUUGGUUUUUUCGGUUGAAGACUCCAACCUUCAACAUGGCUGAACCCAGGGUCAGAAAGUGAUAUAUGGAGUGCAUAUACAUGAUGAAAAAUGUAAAAAGAAGGCCAUGAAGGCAAUUUCCAGUGUUAAAGGGAUUGAAUCUAUAAACUUUGAUAUGAAUUCUAAGAAGCUGACGGUAGUCGGUAUCUUUGAUCCAAUAUGCGGGUUUGACAAACUAGAUAAGGUUUGUGAAACGGAGCUAUUAGUAGUUGAGGUAGUGAAACAAGAGGAAAAGAAAGAAGAACCAAAGAAGGAAGAACCAAAGAAAGAAGAGGAAAAGAAGGAGCCAAAUGAAACUUACAGAGUAUGGAACUAUGAACCCCAUUAUAAUCCUCGUAUGCCACAAGGAGGUUACUAUGUUAUUAUGGAAGAAAAUCCAAAUCCUAAUUGCUGUCUUAUUUCUUGACAACUUUAUUUUGGGGGCACAUAUAUAUAUAUAUAAUCAAAUGUACGAAUUGAAGAUCGUUCCGGAAGAUCAUAUAGUAUCUAUAUAUGUUUCAUGCAUGUAUAUGAUCUAAUAUACAUGUGCUUUUGAA